AUCAACUUUAACUAAUUGCUAGAAGAUGAAGCAAUUUCUGGAGAGAUUUUUCCCAGAAGUAUACAUGACCAUGAAGCAAGAAACCAAGAUUGUCAAUUUCAUAGCCAGCUUCUAAUCAAUAGAAAAUUGAGGCUGGAAGUGGUCCUAACUUGUAAGUAUACAAUAUGUGGAUAUUAUAAAACAGCUUUAUUUUUUUAAUAGAAUUAUAGAAAAAUUAAAUACAGAUAGCCUUCUACUGUGGUAUGAGAAUAGCAAUGAUAGUGUUCAGCAUAACAAAACUGUUCCCAAUUGAACUGUUAUGUUCAGCAAAACUAACAACUAUAUGCUUAUUAGUGUUUAAAACUUUAUGUUCAUAUAAGAAUUCCUGGCAGCUUUAUUUUUUAACAGAUGAGAUAUUAAGGGUGAUGUUUUCAGUCAUAGAUUUCACUCAUGAUUAUAGAAAUUCCGAUCAUGUGUGUAAUGUUCACAAGCACAUGUCAAUAUAUGUGUCAGCAAUAACUUAAUUCUGUUGGUCCCAUGCAUUUCUCCUCCACAAACUCAACUUAGCCAAAAUUGUACAAUUAUUACAUUCAUUAAUGCUGUUGGUUUUGUCCUUCAUCACAUCACAUAUAAAAUCUUAUUCCAUCAGAGAAGAAUGCAAAUUUGAUAUUGCUAACUAGAUUUGAGGUAUAAAUUACAUAAAGAUAAGAUCAACAUCAGACGAUUUUCUUCCUAGAAAACAAAUUUAACUAACAAAUUCAACAGUGACAGUUAUCACAGUUAUGGUGAAAUCCAAACCAAGGUUGAGUACACAAAUCAAAAAGCACUACUUGAUUAUAAAUUAUCAUGAACCAUAUAUGAAACCUGAAUCAAUCUCUCUAAGCUUUUACCUGUGUACUAAAGAAGAGCCUAUCAAUGGCUGUUGGGUUGGCUAUAGCAAGUGAAAAUAUCCAAAGCAAUGGUAAGGUAACCACUUAUGUUCUGCUGUCUUGCAUGAUGGCUGCCAUGGGAGGUCUCCUCUUUGGCUAUGACAUUGGAAUAGCUGGUGGGGUAACCUCAAUGGAUCCAUUUCUGAAGAAGUUCUUCCAUAAAGUGUACCUUCAGAAAGAAGAUGCCAAAGUCAGCAACUACUGUGUAUUUGAUAGCCAACUACUGACCUCUUUUACAUCCUCUCUCUAUGUUGCUGGCCUUGUUACCACCUUCUUUGCUUCUUAUGUCACCAAAGCCUUUGGCCGCAAACCGUCCAUUGUGGUUGGCGGCGCUGCCUUCCUGGCCGGUACAGCUCUGGGAGGUGGAGCUUUUAAUGUGUUGAUGCUCAUAUUUGGUAGACUUUUGCUUGGAGUUGGGGUUGGUUUUGCAAACCAGGCUGUUCCGUUGUAUCUAUCUGAAAUGGCACUACCACGACUAAGAGGAGCGAUUAGCAAUGGCUUCCAAUUAAGCGUUUGCUUUGGUAGUGUGUUUGCUACCUUAAUCAACUAUGGAACAGAGAAGAUAGAAGGUGGGUGGGGUUGGCGUGUGUCCCUAGCCAUGGCAGCGGUACCAGCCUCAGUCCUAACACUUGGUGCACUUUUCCUCCCUGAAACUCCUAACAGCUUAAUCCAACGUGGCCAUGACCAUCAAAAGGCCAAGUUACUACUUCAGCGAAUUCGAGGCACAGAUGAUGUGCAAGAAGAACUUGAUGGUCUUAUAGAAGCAAGUUCUUCAAAAACCGAAGACAAGCAAUCGCUUAAGAUAAUUUUGAAACGGAGGUACAGGCCUCAGCUUGUGAUGGCAAUAGCUAUGCCGUUUUUCCAGCAAAUGACUGGGAUAAACGUCAUUGGCUGCUAUGCCCCUUUACUUUAUAGGACAAUAGGGUUAGGAGAAAGUGCAUCGCUGUUUUCAGCUGUGGUCACGGGAGUUAUAGGUACUGCCUCAACAUUCAUAUCAAUGUUCACAGUUGAUAGACUAGGACGGAGAGCCUUGUUCAUGAUUGGGGGCAUUCAAAUGAUUGCAUCACAGGUUAUAAUUGGUGGUAUAAUGGCCUUUCAUCUGAAAGAUCAUGGUGGAUUAAGCAAAGGGUAUGCUUUUGUGGUUUUGAUUAUGGUAUGCAUAUAUGUUGUUGGGUUUGGCUUGUCAUGGGGGCCACUGGGUUGGUUAGUGCCAAGUGAAAUUUUUCCUUUGGAAAUUAGAUCAGUAGGGCAAAGCAUCACGGUGGCAGUGAACCUUAUCUUCACUUUCACUGUUUCUCAGACUUUUCUGACCAUGCUUUGCCACUUCAGGUAUGGGAUUUUCUUCUUCUUUGGAGGAUGGGUGGUGGUGAUGACUAUAUUUGUGUACUAUUUUCUGCCAGAGACCAAAAGCCUGCCACUUGAACAGAUGGAGAAAGUGUGGCAAGAACAUUGGUUUUGGAAGAGAAUAGUGACUGAAAUCAGUGAUAAAGAGCAUAAUCAAAUAUGAUACUUGAAGGAAGUUCUAAAUCAAAUGUUCUACCGAUGUUAGCUUAAACAUUUGUGUAUAUAUCAAAUGUACUACAAAGCAAUAAAAUGGUUUUCAGUUUGGAAAAUUAUAUUCUAAUUAUUAAAACAGUUUUCUCCACUCUUAAACUAUACCUCUAAAUUGACAGAAGAAAUGGUGCCAAGUGACAAAGAUCGAGUACAAACCUAAAAGUACCAAGUAUUGAUAGAAUCAAGGUGGUGUUAAAAUCCUUGCUAUUUUUCCUUAAGAGUAGUUUAUGGUAGAAAUGAUUAUUACUUGAUAUUGGCUAAAAUAAGAGGUCUACUGUGCUUGCAUUUGCAGAUAUCUAUAUAUCUUAAUCGGUAUCUAUUCAAGAAUGUUGAAUUCACAUCUAUUUAUAGUAUUAGCCAUUUCAACUGGGCUACCAGUGAACUCAACAACCUGUCUCCAUUCUUGUUAGCGGAGCACACACUUGUUCAUAAUCAACUCACUCCAUUGGUUUGUACCCUUUUGCAACAAAGCCUACCCACCUAUCAUCCAUUGCAAGUAGUCACUUCUCAUCUUGGACCGCCUGCUCAAAGCUCAAGUUCUCGGAAUAUACCAAAAGACAUACAUAUGUCAUCAUAUCCAAUAAAAUCCAUUUCAAUAGCUUUUAAAAGUUUAUCUAUUUUCAGCUACAUCAAAUCCGAAAAUUUCCUUGAAAUGAAUCACAUGUAAUAUUAUUUUUUUUAAAAGUAAAAUUGAAUGACAGAAAUUUGAAGCAGUAACUGAUAUUUUUCGAAAAAAUGUGAGUGAUAGUGUACCGUUGGUCCCUUCAGAAAAUUCUCUGGCAUUGCUUUGUUUUCACCAUAUCCUUUGACUGAAUCCGAAUGAACAUUUUUUCUUUUCUUAUGCGAGAAAGUGGAAGCUCCAAAUUUUGGCCUAUUUUUUUUUUUGAGAAAACCCUAACCAUCCCAAUUGGCUCCUGCACUCCAAUGAUGCACCGCUACAGUCGGAUUCUGUUGGUUAAGAUUAUAUCGUUAUCA